AUGAAGACCUAUAUAAGACUUCGAGAAAACUUUUUACCAUCAUCCGCAAAUACUUUGUUCUUCACUGUUCUCUUGUUUUUCAUACUGCUCUUUGUUCUCUCUUCAAACGACCCUAAAAAGGUUUUGGUAGUAGAAACAGAGACUGUAACUCUAGAAAAAGUUGAAGUUGGUCAUGUCUGGGAUACGCUAGAUGGAAUUGGGUAUCAUUUUGAAGAGAACAAGAAAGUUGUUAUGGAUCCACGUUUUGAAAAACUCCAGAAGCUUCCGGAUUGUGAUCUAACUGUAGACAAAAAACUCAGUCGUGUAGACACUUUAAGACUGAUGGACACUUUUCAAAAAUGUAUUAAUCCGAUUGUAGAGCGAUGGAGAGAUAAUGUGGAUGCAAAAGAAGAUAACAUCAUGGUUACACUUGGAGUUGGUCAUGACACAAUGGCCGAGGAAAAAUUGAAUAGGACUCUGCCUAACACAUAUUUCUAUGGUGCCGAUCCGAUAAUUGAACCCAAUCGUCAACUUUAUUCUGCUUUCGGAAAAUUUUUCCCGUUUGCCAUUGGAAGAGAACCAGGAUUCACCAAGUUUCGAGUGCUGCCAAAUCAGAAUCAGAAGACUAGUGAGUCUAGGAAGAUAUAUUUAGAAAAAAUGGUAUUUUUAGGAACCUACGAAUUUCAAGAUGUUACAACAAUUCCUCUGACCUACUUUUUAUCAGAUAUUCUGAAGUUGAAAAGAAUCGAUAUAGCGUGGAUAGACAUUGAAGGUGGAGAAUUCGAGUUUCUGUAUCAAUUCUAUCGUGGAGGUCUUCUGGAUCAGAAGGAUAUUACCAUUUGCCAGUUCAAUUUAGAAAUCCAUUCGAAAUUCCAUCCACUUGGUGCACAAGUUUUUCAUGAUUUCGUGUUCCAAAUUUUAGAUGACAAGCGAUAUGUGUUCCUGAAACCGACGAGGACAGAGCCAGGGGUUCAUCGAAUGUUUUUCAUAAAUUUGGAGAAUCUUGAAUGUGUUAGAAAGUUUUUACAAUAA